CGCGUCACUCUCUGAGCGCUUAUAAAGCGACACACUUGGAGGCUCAAACACACUCGAUUUUUUUCCUCCUCCUCUGAAACGACCAACAGACUCACAGCCAAGAUGAAACUGUACCUUGCAGUUGCCGUGCUGAUGCUGGCUUUUGUCGCAUACACAGAGGCUCAGGAGGAAACCAUCGAGCAGAAGCUGGCUACCUUCACCAGCCAGGUGAACGACGUGGGCAGGACCCUGGCUGAAAAGGCCAAGACCGCCUUAACAGAGUUUCAGGAGAGCGAAUUCGCAAAGAAAACAACGAGCUGGUUCCAAGAACAGGUUCAGAAGUUCCAGAACCAGUAUCAGGCAAUUACCCAGUAAACGGCCUGCAACCUCCUCUCCUCCCCCCCAACUCUGACCUCUGACCUCUUCACCCUCUCAUGUCAUGACACACAUUGUUCUGCUGACCAGACACAGUGGUUAUGUUUCUGCUCUGUAAAGAGAUGUCUUUUUUAUAAUUUGAAUGUCAUUUCUGAAGAAAUAAUGUGAAAAAGUGCAAUAAAGACAUCAAAA